AUGGAUGUCUCUGUGUGUUACAUUACAAUUCUAACUAAUGUAUGGAAACAGAUCAAUGAAGAAAUUGAAUGUAAGGUUGGUGGAAGGAUAUUCAAGGUGGGCAUCAUUGAACAUGAUUCUUCAAAUUGGGAGCCUUUUGAAAAUCGUUUAUUCCCUGAACCCCCUCCGAGUGUCGAUGAAGAAGAGGAGUCAUCUGAUAAAGGAUCGGUGGAAUCUCUAGAUGAUGGGGUAUCGAACACUUGGUGUAACAACAAUGACCAGAUACUGGAAGAGGGUGAAAUCAGAGAAGAAGAACCGAUGAUGGUGUGA